ACGCCCCAUUCUUCAUGGUCUUGGUCGUCUCACCUGGAGGUCAAUCGCAGCUUCGCCACGGAUCCCCGUCAAGCACCGCGCACGAUCCGCAUUCGUCGUCGCCUUCGCUCGUAAAUUGUACCCUUAUUUUAAUCCAAGUUUUUACAGAUUGAUGGGAGUAGCUUAUCCGCCCUAGAUCUGCUGUCAAUCGAGCUGUCGCCCAAGUCUUCUAUCAAGAGGUUCCCGCAGAUGCCCCAAUUCCCGGAGGUCAGGUAUGCAACAUGUGAUCUGGUGGCCUUGAUAUAGACCAAAUUUUUAUUUCGUCCGGAAUUUCCUUGUUUACACUAUGGAAUCACAACAACGUGAACAUCAUACUGCCCCACCUGUUACACCCCCUGGCAAUCAAAGUUCUUCUCCUAGACAAAGUUCUUCUCCCCAAGGAACACAAUCUUUAUUUUCAGCUACUGGUAUAUCCUCAUGGGCCAAAAACCUUAAAUUUUCACAAACAGCAGACCAAGAGGAGCAGCAGUCUGGAAAUCCAGGAAAAUCAACAUUGUCACGACUCACUAGUGGAUUGGGAUUGCGCCUAUCCCCCAAAUCCCCUCAGUCUGAAGAAACUGUUGAUGAAGUUGCCUCACCAAAUUCACAAUCCGGUGUGCUUGGAUCCUUUACAAAAGGUAUAGUUGAUACAUCUAAAAGUGCUGUAAAAGCUGUUCAAGUGAAAGCUCGACACAUGGUUUCUCAAAAUAAAAGGAGAUAUCAGGAAGGUGGAUUUGAUUUAGAUAUGACGUACAUUACUGAGAAUAUCAUUGCCAUGGGUUUCCCAGCUGGUGACCUGAGUUCAGGUUUUUUUGGAUACGUUGAGGGAUUUUAUCGCAACCAUAUGGAAGAAGUGAUCAAAUUCUUUGAGACUCAUCAUAAGGGAAAAUAUAAAGUGUAUAAUCUAUGUUCAGAAAGGCUUUAUGAUGCAUCUUUAUUUGAGGGAAAGGUGGCUUGCUUCCCUUUUGAUGACCACAACUGUCCUCCAAUUCAACUUAUUAUUUCAUUUUGUCAAAGUGCCUACUCGUGGUUGAAGGAGGACAUUGAAAAUGUUGUUGUUGUUCACUGUAAGGCCGGUAUGGCAAGGACAGGAUUGAUGAUCUCUAGCCUGCUUCUAUAUCUUAAGUUUUUUCCUACUGCUGAAGAGUCCAUGGAAUACUACAACCAAAAAAGAUGCAUAGAUGGGAAGGGGCUUGUUCUCCCAAGUCAAAUUAGAUACGUCAAAUAUUUUGAAAGUAUCUUGACAUACUUCAAUGGGGAAAAUCAGCCAGGCCGUAGGUGUAUGCUUAGGGGGUUUCGUUUCCAUAGAUGCCCUAAUUGGAUCCGGCCUUCAAUUUCUGUUUCUAAUCAUAACGGAGUUCUCUUCUCAACAAAGAAGCAUCCAAGGACCAAAGAUCUAAUGCCUGAAGACUUCUGGUUUAGUGCACCAAAGAAAGGGAUUAUGGUCUUUGCUCUGCCGGGAGAGCCUGGUCUGACAGAAGUGGUUGGUGAUUUCAAAAUUAAUUUUCAUGAUCGACAGGGAGAUUUUUACUGCUGGUUAAAUACUACAUUCACAGAGAAUAGGAAGUUCUUAAAUACUUCCGACCUCGAUGGCUUCGAUAAGAGGAAGUUGCCAUCUCCAGGAUUCCAGAUUGAAGUGGUGCUUGUGGAUUAUGACGGGACUAAUCCUAAUCCUAAUCCUUCACGACAAACCGAUUCAAAUACCAAGAUGGAAUCUCCUGGUAGCACUACCUCUGCUACAGAAACAAAAGAAACCCAACCCACUACAACUAACAUUACUGGGGAUUCUAAAAGCCAAGAUAGGGAUGAUGUUUUCUCUGAUAGCGAAGGAGAAGGGUCUUCCAAGGGCAGGCGUCAAAAGAUGGAUGAUGAUGAUACACUUGGAUCUGAAGUUAAAACAAAAGAAACUGAAACAAAGGCUUCGAAAAAGGAAAGCACAAGUAUAACACAAGGCAUUGGAGAUAUAUCAUUGAAAAACGAACCAAAAGUCACGAAAGUCCUUGAUGCUGCUGAUGCCAAAAUCGAACCGAGCAGUAAAAAUACACCAGCUGAGAGCCCUGCACUGGAGUCCUCCACUAUGAGCGAAUUCAAGGCAAUUGCUGCAGAUGCUUCUGUCUUUUCUUUUGGUGAUGACGAAGACUACGAGAGUGAAUGACCUACCUUGUUCAGAAGGAUCUUGGGAGAUAUUACGGAACAUUUAUGUACCGGGUAUAGAACAUGUUACAAACACAUUCAUGAUGGUUGGAAGGUGCUGGUUUGCUUGAUCUCGCAUGCUAUUUUUGUACAUGUUACAGCAUUGUGUCUAAUACCAGGACUUCAAAACGAAGCAUAUGCACUCAUGCAGUCGACGGUAGUUCUCUUCUCAUAUUGGAGUUGCCUGCUCUUGGAAACUUUCUGUUGCUUAUAAGUUAGAAUUCAUUGUUGGUUGCUCAUCCAUCGAUAGGAUAUGUGUCCUGUAAAAAUUCAAAGACCGGAUGGUGUAUGCAUGUCACUGACUGCAACUAAAUUAAGGUUUUAUUGAAAUAAGUUACGCUGCAA